AUGAGCGCGGCUGGUGAUUUCCGUCAGAAGACCGUUGUUGUAACACGACAACCCAGUCAUCCACACCUCAUCAGAUUCAAAGAAGCCAAAAAGGAACUAAUUCAAAUUUAUGAGGAGAUCUUGAAUUAUAUCAACGAGUGUCAUAACUUUACUACACAACAACAUCAAGAAGAAAAGUUUGCUCGACUUCUGGGUGAAGGCACACAUGAAGAUGUCGAACAGCAUUUGGUAAAGAUUAAAAGCAUCCAAGGCAUCAUUUCCAGGAAUCAGAUGAAGUGUGCCUUCUUCGGAAGAACUUCCAACGGGAAGAGCACAGUAAUCAAUGCCAUGUUGGGUUCCCGGCUUUUACCCUCCGGGAUGGGGCACACCACCAGUUGCUUUCUCGAGAUCCAAGGCACGGACCGCGAGACGGGCUACGUGGCAAUUCCAGAGAAUGAUCCUGAUGGGUCAGGUGCUCAGUCCCACCCAAUUGAGUCGGUUAGUCAACUGGCUCAUGCGCUGAGUGGUGUGCAACUUGCGACGGAUUCAAUGAUCAGAAUUUUUUGGCCAAGUUCUCAAUGUCGGCUUUUGCGUGAGGAUGUGGUGCUUCUCGAUAGCCCUGGGAUCAAUGUGGAUCCGGAUGUGGAUAGUUGGAUUGAUUCACAUUGUCUCGACGCUGAUGUAUUUAUUCUGGUGGCAAACGCAGAAUCUACAUUGAUGCAAGCAGAAAAGGAGUUCUUCCAUCGGGUUAGUCAGCGCCUUUCGAAACCGAACAUUUUCAUCAUCAACAAUCGUUGGGAUGCAUCGGCCAACGAGAUAGAGUAUGUGAAUGAGGUUCGUGAUCAGCACCUUCAACGUUGUGUCGCUUUCUUGGCCGAUGAACUGAAAGUAUGUUCACGUGCAGAGGCGGAGGCACAUGUAUUUUUCGUUUCGGCCCGAGAGGCACUCGCCUAUCGAUCAAGGUCAAAUGCAGGCAACAUGGCUUUUGGUUCUGGGCCACCAGAGAGUACAACACAUGUUGGCUCACCUCUGCCCUCACUACCAUUUAUGGCCGAAGGUUGGGAAGUUAGACUGCAGGAGUUCAGAGAUUUCGAAGUGAUCUUUGAAAAAAACCUAUCCGAAUCGGCCACACGAACCAAAUUUGCCACGCACUGCGAACAGGGCAAGCAGAUUGCGGAACACUUUCGUUCAGUUAUGGAAAAGAUCUAUGAGACAACGGUGGAGGAGAAAGACGCGGCCGUUCGUUGUCGGUGUUUGUCGCAAGCUCAUCUGGAAGAAGUUCGUUCGCGUUUGCAUCGGACCUCACAAGCGUUGGAUGAAAUGACUCACACCUGUUUGGCCCGCGUUGAAACCCAGGUUGCUAGUGCGCUGAAUGCAGAGAUCCGCCGUCUUGGUGAACUGGUCGACUCUUAUUCGCGUCCUUUCCAUCCAGAUCCUGCCAUGUUGUUGCUAUACAAAAAGGAAUUGAACACACAUGUAGAGCGCGAAUUGGGGCGGAAGUUAGCUGCGGCUUGUUCUAGCGAUAUUCUCAAUGAAGUUUCACGGUCAGAACAAAUUAUGAUGUCCAAGCUUGCUUCUAUUGUCAGCGAUGAGGCACAGAAAAAUCGUAUUCUUCAGCUAGUGGAUCCAACGGCGUUCCAACCAGAAUUUCACGUGGAUUGUCGAAAUCUAUGCGCAGAUUUUCGUGAGGAUAUUCAGUUCCGUUUCAGUUUAGGAAUUGGCACUUUGUUUCAACGCCUUACUGCUCCCCGUCGUGGUACGAGUCACUAUCCCUGGUCUUCAUCAGUCGACCAGAGUGGCGUCAUUCUACAAUCUGUGGUUUCAUCUUGGCCUCUGGAACUGUUCCCUUCUCUUUUGAGUCGUAGCUCGGUUGGAGCUGUGAUCGUAUUCGGUUUGGUGUCCAAGGCGGUUGGUUGGCGUGUCAUUGGCCUUGUUGCUGGGCUUUACGGUGGUCUGUAUUUAUACGAACGCUUAGCGUGGACCAACAAAGCGAAAGAGGCAGCGUUCAAGCGUCAAUAUGUGGAUUUCGCGUCACACAAACUUCGUCUUAUUGUCGACUUGACCAGCACAAAUGCCAGAUACCAAGUCAAACGAGAGCUCCAGGUUUCUCAAAAGAAGUUGGUUGCCCAAGUCGAACAAUUCUCAAACACUUUGGUUGAAGAGGUGAAGCAAUUGGAUGCUGACAUUCAACAUCUGGAGGCUGUUACUACGGAGUCCAAGCGCUUGAAAAACCGGGCUGGUCACGUGUUGACAGCGUUGAACAAAUUUAAUGAUCUUUUCAUUACAAACCUCGCUAGUGGUAUGAUUUUCAUCAGUGUAAUGUUUUCUUUCUGUCUGCGAUGCAAGAGACAGAUCUGUGAAACUUCAACCCAGUCUGUGCGGCUUGUAGCAAUGUAG